UGCAUAGGAAAUUCAUGACAAGACAGAAGGGCAGACUUCGGAUCACAAUAAUAGUGUUGUGACUGUGAUCUCCCCAGAGCCUCUCCGGGAAAGAUACUCUUUUCUCAUUGUAUGACAAUUGGAAUUUGAAGGGAGUUUGCUAACUGAUGUUCUAUGUGGACCCAGAAGUACUACCAAUAAGGGUAUUUAUGGCACAAUGAUAAAUUUCAUCUUUCCCAGAAUGAUAUGAGGAUCAAUGAUGCAGACUGCUGGGUUCGAUGAAGCUGGACAUUUAUAACUAGAUUCAUUAAGGAAUACAAAGAAAAUAUUUAAAGGGAUCAAUAAUGGUGUCUUCUGGUUGCAGAAUGCGAAGCCUGUGGUUUAUCAUUAUGAUCAGCUUCUUAACGAAUACAGAAGGUUUCAGCAGAGCAGCUUUACCAUUUGGGUUAGUUCGUAGAGAAUUAUCCUGUGAAGGUUAUUCUAUAGAUCUACGAUGUCCCGGCAGUGAUGUCAUCAUGAUUGAGAGCGCUAACUAUGGUCGGACAGACGACAAGAUUUGUGACGCUGACCCAUUUCAGAUGGAGAAUACAGACUGCUACCUCCCAGAUGCCUUCAAAAUUAUGACUCAAAGGUGCAACAAUCGAACACAGUGUAUAGUAGUUACUGGGUCAGAUGUAUUUCCUGAUCCAUGUCCUGGAACAUACAAAUAUCUUGAGGUCCAAUAUGAAUGUGUCCCUUACAUUUUUGUGUGCCCUGGGACCUUGAAAGCAAUCGUGGAUUCGCCAUGUAUAUAUGAAGCUGAACAAAAGGCAGGUGCUUGGUGCAAGGACCCUCUUCAGGCUGCAGAUAAAAUUUAUUUCAUGCCCUGGACUCCAUAUCGUACUGAUACUUUAAUAGAAUAUGCUUCUUUAGAAGAUUUCCAAAACAGUCGCCAAACAACAACAUACAAACUUCCAAAUCGAGUAGAUGGUACUGGAUUUGUGGUAUAUGAUGGUGCUGUCUUUUUUAACAAAGAAAGAACAAGGAAUAUUGUGAAAUUUGACUUGAGGACUAGAAUUAAGAGUGGAGAGGCCAUAAUUAACUAUGCUAACUAUCAUGAUACCUCACCAUAUAGAUGGGGAGGAAAAACUGAUAUUGAUCUAGCAGUUGAUGAAAAUGGCUUAUGGGUCAUUUAUGCCACUGAACAGAACAAUGGAAUGAUAGUUAUUAGCCAACUGAAUCCAUACACUCUUCGAUUUGAAGCAACGUGGGAGACCGUGUAUGACAAGCGAGCUGCAUCAAAUGCUUUUAUGAUCUGUGGAGUCCUUUAUGUGGUCAGGUCAGUUUAUCAAGACAAUGAGAGUGAAACAGGCAAGAAUGCAAUUGAUUAUAUUUACAAUACCCGAUUAAACCGAGGAGAAUAUGUAGAUGUUCCCUUCCCCAACCAGUAUCAGUAUAUUGCUGCAGUGGAUUACAAUCCAAGAGAUAACCAACUCUACGUGUGGAACAAUAACUUCAUUUUACGAUAUUCUCUGGAGUUUGGUCCACCUGAUCCUGCCCAAGUGCCUACCACAGCUGUGACAGUAACUUCUUCAGCUGAGAUGUUCAAAACCACAGUAUCAACCACAAGCACUUCACAGAAAGGCCCCAUGAGCACGACUGUAGCUGGAUCUCAGGAAGGAAGCAAAGGGACAAAACCACCUCCAGCAGUUUCUACAACCAAAAUUCCUCCUGUAACAAAUAUUUUUCCCCUGCCAGAGAGAUUCUGUGAAGCAUUAGACGCAAGGGGGAUAAGGUGGCCUCAGACACAAAGGGGAAUGAUGGUUGAACGACCAUGUCCCAAGGGAACGAGAGGAACUGCCUCGUAUCUCUGCAUGCUUUCCACUGGAACAUGGAACCCUAGGGGCCCUGAUCUUAGCAACUGUACCUCACACUGGGUAAAUCAGCUGGCUCAGAAGAUCAGAAGUGGAGAAAACGCUGCUAGCCUUGCCAAUGAACUGGCUAAACAUACCAAAGGGCCAGUGUUUGCUGGGGACGUGAGUUCUUCAGUGAGGUUGAUGGAGCAGUUGGUGGACAUUCUUGAUGCGCAGCUGCAGGAACUGAAACCUAGUGAAAAGGAUUCAGCUGGACGGAGUUAUAACAAGCUCCAAAAACGAGAGAAGACAUGCAGGGCUUACCUUAAGGCAAUUGUUGACACAGUGGACAACCUUCUGAGACCUGAAGCCUUGGAAUCAUGGAAACACAUGAAUUCUUCUGAACAAGCGCAUACUGCAACAAUGCUACUGGAUACAUUGGAAGAAGGAGCUUUUGUCCUGGCUGACAAUCUCGUAGAACCAACCAGAGUCUCAAUGCCCACAGAAAAUAUUGUUCUGGAAGUUGCAGUGCUCAGUACAGAAGGACAGGUCCAAGACUUCAAGUUUCCUCUGGGCAUCAAAGGGGCAGGCAGCUCAAUCCAACUCUCUGCGAAUACCGUCAAACAGAACAGCAGGAAUGGUCUUGCAAAGUUGGUGUUCAUCAUUUACCGGAGUCUGGGACAGUUCCUUAGUACAGAAAAUGCAACGAUAAAACUGGGUGCUGACUUUAUCGGUCGAAAUAGCACGAUUGCAGUGAAUUCCCAUGUCAUUUCAGUUUCAAUCAAUAAAGAAUCCAGCCGAGUAUACUUGACAGAUCCUGUGCUUUUUACCCUACCACACAUUGAUCCUGACAAUUAUUUCAAUGCAAACUGCUCCUUCUGGAACUACUCAGAGAGAACUAUGAUGGGAUAUUGGUCUACCCAGGGCUGCAAGCUGGUUGACACUAAUAAAACUCGUACAACGUGUGCAUGCAGCCACCUAACCAAUUUUGCAAUUCUCAUGGCCCACAGGGAAAUUGCAUACAAAGAUGGAGUUCACGAAUUACUUCUUACAGUCAUCACCUGGGUGGGAAUUGUCAUUUCCCUUGUUUGUCUGGCUAUCUGCAUCUUCACCUUCUGCUUUUUCCGUGGUCUACAGAGUGAUCGUAAUACUAUUCACAAGAACCUUUGUAUCAACCUUUUCAUUGCUGAAUUUAUUUUCCUAAUAGGCAUUGAUAAGACAAAAUACAUGAUAGCAUGCCCAAUAUUUGCAGGACUUCUACACUUUUUCUUUCUGGCUGCUUUUGCUUGGAUGUGCCUAGAAGGUGUGCAGCUCUAUCUGAUGUUAGUUGAAGUUUUUGAAAGUGAAUAUUCAAGGAAGAAAUAUUACUAUGUUGCUGGUUACUUGUUUCCUGCCACAGUGGUUGGCGUUUCAGCUGCUAUUGACUAUAAGAGCUAUGGAACAGAAAAAGCUUGCUGGCUUCAUGUUGAUAACUAUUUCAUAUGGAGUUUCAUUGGACCUGUUACCUUCAUUAUUCUGCUGAAUAUUAUCUUCCUGGUGAUUACAUUGUGCAAAAUGGUGAAGCACUCAAACACAUUGAAACCAGAUUCUAGCAGGUUGGAAAACAUUAAGUCUUGGGUGCUUGGCGCUUUCGCUCUUCUGUGUCUUCUUGGCCUAACCUGGUCAUUUGGGUUGCUUUUUAUUAAUGAGGAGACUAUUGUGAUGGCUUAUCUCUUCACCAUCUUUAAUGCUUUCCAGGGAGUGUUCAUUUUCAUCUUUCACUGUGCUCUCCAAAAGAAAGUACGAAAAGAAUAUGGCAAGUGCUUCAGACACUCGUAUUGCUGCGGCGGCCUCCCAACUGAGAGCCCUCACAGUUCAGUGAAGGCGUCCACCACCAGAACCAGUGCUCGAUAUUCCUCUGGCACACAGAGUCGUAUAAGAAGGAUGUGGAAUGACACUGUGAGAAAACAAUCUGAAUCUUCUUUUAUCUCAGGUGACAUCAAUAGCACUUCAACACUUAAUCAAGGAAUGACUGGCAAUUACCUACUAACAAACCCUCUUCUUCGACCCCACGGCACUAACAACCCCUAUAACACAUUGCUCGCUGAAACAGUUGUAUGUAAUGCCCCUUCAGCUCCUGUGUUUAACUCACCAGGACAUUCACUGAACAAUGCCAGGGAUACAAGUGCCAUGGAUACUCUACCGCUAAAUGGUAAUUUUAACAACAGCUACUCACUACGCAAGGGGGACUAUAAUGACAGCGUGCAAGUCGUGGACUGUGGGCUAAGUCUGAAUGAUGCCGCUUUUGAGAAAAUGAUCAUUUCAGAAUUAGUGCACAACAACCUACGGGGCAGCAGCAAGGCUCACAACCUCGAGCUCACACUACCAGUCAAACCUGUGAUUGGAGGCAGCAGCAGCGAAGAUGACGCUAUUGUGGCAGAUGCUUCGUCUUUAAUGCACAGUGACAACCCAGGGCUGGAGCUCCAUCACAAAGAACUCGAGGCACCGCUCAUUCCUCAGCGGACUCACUCCCUUCUGUACCAACCCCAGAAGAAAGCGAAGCCCGAGGGGACUGACAGCUACGUCUCCCAGCUGACAGCCGAGGCCGAGGACCACCUACAGUCCCCCAACAGAGACUCUCUUUACACAAGCAUGCCCAACCUUAGAGACUCUCCAUAUCAGGAGAGCAGCCCCGACAUGGAAGAAGACCUGUCUCCAUCCAGGAGGAGUGAAAACGAGGACAUAUACUAUAAGAGCAUGCCAAACCUUGGAGCUGGCCAUCAGCUUCAGAUGUGCUACCAGAUCAGCAGGGGCAAUAGUGAUGGUUACAUAAUCCCCAUUAACAAAGAAGGGUGUAUUCCAGAAGGAGAUGUCAGAGAAGGACAAAUGCAGCUGGUGACAAGUCUUUAAUAGUGCAGCUAAGGAAUUCCAGCGGCCCCAUGCAAGUGUUAGUAAAUAAAGACAGGCUCCAUGGCCUGAUACAGCUCCCUCAAACUCUGCUUGAAGAGAUGGCUCUGUUGACCUGUGGUUCUCCAGUGUAAAAAAGAUGACUGAACCUUGCAGUUCUGUGAAUUUUUAUAUAACAUACAAAAACUUUGUAUAUACACAGAGUAUACUAAAAUGAAUUAUUUGUUACAAAGAAAAGAGAUGCCAACCAGGUAUUUUAAGAUUCUGCUGCUGUUUAGGGAAAUUGUGAAACAAGCGAAACAAAACUUUCCAGCCAUUUUACUGCAGCAGUUUGUGAACUAAAUUUGUAAAUAUGGCUGCACCAUUUUUGUAGGCCUGCAUUGUAUUAUAUACAAGACGUAGGCUUUAAAAUCCUGUGGGACAAAUUUACUGUACCUUACUGUUCCUGACAAGACUUGGAAAAGCAGGAGAGAUAUUCUGCAUCAGUUUGCAGUUAACUGCAAACCUUUUACAUUAAGGCAAAGAUCGAAAACAUGUUUAACCACUAGCAAUCAAGCCACAGGCCUUAUUUCAUAUGUUUCCUCAACUGUACAAUGACCUAUUCAAAAAUGGCUAAAGAAAUUAUAUUUUGUUCUAUUGCUAGGGUAAAAUAAAUACAUUUGUGUCCAACUGAAAUAUAAUUGUCAUUAAAAUAAUUUUACAGUUUGGAGAAAAUAUUGUGUAAAGCUCUUGGUUGCACAUAUGUUAUCAAAUGUUUUUUCUUACACUUUGUCAUUGUAAGUUCUACCCAUUUUCACUUAUUUUCCACUGUAUACAGUGUUCUGCUUUGACAAAGUUAGUCCUUAUUCUUACAUUUAAAUUUCUUAUGGCCAAAAGAACGUGUUUUAUGGGGAAAAAACUCUUUGAAGCCAGUUAUGCCAUGCCUUGCACAAAUGUGGUGAAAUCUAGAAAGAUUGUUCGUCACCCCUCUGUUUGUUCUUGAACAGGGGGCAAAGAGGGCACGGGGCACUUCUCACAAACUUUCUAGUGAACAAAAGGUGCCUAUUCUUUUUUAAAAAGUAAAAUAAAACAUAAAAUAUUACUCUUCCAUAUUCCUUCUGCCUAUAUUUAGUAAUUAAUUUAUUUUAUGAUAAAGUUCUAGUGAAAUGUAAAUUGUUUCAGCAAAAUUCUGCUUUUCUUUUCAUCCCUUUGUGUAAACCUGUUAAUAAUGAACCCAUCACUAAUAUCCAGUGUAAAGUUUAACACGGUUUGACAGUAAAUAAAUGUGAAUUUUUUCAAGUAG